UUUUCAUCACCGUCUGCAGGGGAGACUGGACUUGGGCGUGUCGAUUUACAGAUAGGGCGGUAUUGUAAAAAGUACGUUUGUGCGGGUUUUUUGUGGAGACGGCAGUGUUUGGGCUUAUCUGGCACCCGUGAGUAUAGUGAGUAUAGUAUAGUGCCAGGUGAUUCGUUUGUGUCGGAUGAUGGACGCAUGAUGCAAACCAUCCAGGUUCUUCUGCAAACGUGAUUGAAACGCACGUUUGAAUGAGGUGACCUCGGAUGCUGUGUCUAACUUUUCGGCGUAGCAUCAACUACUGACAUCGCUGGUGAAGCUGUAAAUUAAUAGAGGAACCCACACUGCUACAGGUGGUUCUAGAGUUCUGCCACCAUGCCCCUGCACCCAGUAGUCCAGGCAGUCAUUGACCUUUCAGCUGGAGCAAUAGGAGGUACAGCGUGUGUGCUGAGCGGUCAGCCUCUGGACACAGCUAAAGUGAAGAUGCAGACCUUCCCCACCAUGUAUCGAGGCUUCCUCCAUUGUUUUACUUCCACAUACAAGCAGGUGGGGUUACGGGGUCUCUACCAGGGGACCAGCCCAGCCCUGAUGGCCAACAUUGCUGAGAACUCUGUCCUCUUCAUGAGCUACGGAUUCUGUCAGGAUGUGGUCCGGAUGAUGGCAGGGCUCAGCAGUGAGGUUCCACUCAGUGACGUGCAGAAAGCAUGUGCUGGGUCAGUAGCAUCCAUAUUCUCCUCUCUGGUUUUAUGCCCUACUGAGCUCGUCAAGUGUCGUCUUCAAGCAAUGUACGAGAUGGAAGCAUCAGGCAAGAUUGCAAAGGGUCAAAAUACGGUCUGGUCAGUGGUGAAGUCGGUAAUAAAGCAAAAUGGUCCUAGAGGAUUCUAUGCAGGCCUGACCACAACCAUCGCUAGAGAGGUGCCAGGUUACUUCUGCUUCUUUGGGGCGUAUGAACUCUGCCGAACCGUCUUCGCUGAUCACAUGAAGUGCAACAAAGACAACAUAGGCGUGGUUCCAAUCAUGUUCAGCGGGGGGUGGGGUGCUUGUCUGUGGCUGGUGGUCUACCCGUUUGACUGCAUAAAGUCUCGCAUCCAGGUCAUGUCCAUGAUGGGUCGCCAGGAGGGAUUCUUCAAAACCAUGAUGGCGGUCAUAAGAACAGAUGGUGUGAGAGCACUCUAUUCUGGUCUGACUCCCACAAUGAUCCGCACGUUUCCUGCCAACGGAGCCUUGUUUCUGGGGUAUGAGGCCAGUCGUAAGUUCAUGAUGAAACAGUUUGACAGCUGACCUGCUUCAACAACGAUUUCCCCCAUCCCUCUUCUUGCCAUAUUAUUAAUCUCUUUACAUUGUCCUUAAAACUCUUCCUACAACAAUUCAACACCAGUUUUACCUGCAAGGCUGGGCUUAGAUCACACAGUCCUCAGAGUAAAGCACUAUGAGUCAUUUUUCUUUUUAAAAUUCACUCAGUUCAAAUGGGAAUAUAUCCUAUAUUUAAUACGUUUUCAGAAUCUCUCUCCGGAGUGGCCUGACUUUGAACGGGACCAUGGUCUGGAAAUGGAGUGUACAUAUUUGUUUUAUUGUUUUACAUCAGCAAUUCUUACUUUUACCUGCCUGAGGGGUAUACUACAAUCUAGGAUCAAGGUAGCUGGCUUAAUAUUCUGCAUAUCAAUAUUCGAUAGGAUUUUAUAUUUUCAAGAGAUUAUCUUGAAACGGGCAUGGUGUGACUGACUCAAAAAACACUUCUGAAAUUAGCAAGCUUUCAGUUAACUUCAACAAUGCUGCUUGCGCUUUGUCCAUAUUACUGUACAUCUGCCAUUUACUUAAGCAAGGCUUGGAACUGCAGGUUGUUUAUGUACUGCCUGUCCCAAUGUGUGUGGCUAAUCAAGCCACUUGGUGUCAACUGUAAUGCUGAGUUGAUCUACUCUAAGUUAGCUCACAAACUCCUCUAUCUCAUGUUGAACGCAGGUACACCACUUAAUUCCAUUCAAUCUUAUGUGUCUACCUCAAUAUUGUUAUCUAUAAGCAGAGCCAACCAUUAUUUUCCUUGUGUUCACACAACACUCCCUUGUGGAUUCGACAUGGUCCAUUUGUCUAAAAGAUACUACACUUUUGAGAAUAGCGCUUGGUGGUAGUUUUGUAAUUUAUAGCCAUUCCAAGACAACAGUACUUCAUAUUCAAACAUUUCAGUGAAGUUUACAGGCUGCUGAGUAUAUUUUAUUUUGCCAAUGUUCCUGAAAUGUAAAUGCAUUAACUGGAAUGUUUUUUUUUUGUAAUAACUGUUGUUAACGCUUGUUACUUAUUACUGCCUGUGAAAUAAUAACUGCUGUUUUUUUAUAGAAAUUUUAUAUUUCUAAUAAUAUUUGUAUUCUUUAGUAAUUGCUUAAUAAUUGACUUGGGCAGUUUGGUAGUUACACAGGCAAGGGAUAUGGGUGUUAGAGUUACAUAAUUAUCAUUCCUGUUUUCCUAGUAACUGCUAUUUUUCAUCAUCUUUGUCAUGAACUGUGGCACUAUAUUGUAAUGAGUAAGACAUGACCUUCUUAGCCAGGGUUCCUUGAAGCUAAUCACAUCUAAACUGCCAUUUGCUCAUUCUUCAUCAUCCACUGGUGUCAUUGCAUUGUACAAUGUUCCAUAAUUCCAAAAACAUGUAUUUUAGACAUUGUAUAUUUCUAUUUACAUAAUGCAAUUGAUAACACACAAUAUGUAUUUUCACAGCGAUUAGUGUGGACAUAAAAAUAUUAUUACAGUGUAGCCAUUAUAAUAUACGGCUAUAUAGAAUACUGUGAAGCUGUUUAGAGAAUAAUAUUAAUUGACAUUUUGUAAAAAUAUUUUUGGGAUUGUAAUUAUUACUUCUAUUAAAAGGGUCACUG